CCUCGUUUCUCUCUGCUUGCAUCAAGUACUGACAGAAAUGAGACUUCUUUUGCUGAAAUUCCUGGCUCAAUAAAAGAUACCACGAGCAUAUGGCAGAUAACCUUUAAAAUGGGGGCACAGAAGCAGCCUGGUUUUACAGUUGCACUAACAGAUCGACCAGUUCCAACCUCUUCUCUUCAGCCUGCACAAGGUUCUUCAGAUCCCAGCCAAGGCAAUGUGGUUGCUCAACAGGAACAAGCACUGUCCCAGCCCGUGUAUCUGAAAGCCCUCACCAUACCGCUGUAUCAGCCCGUCCAGACAGGAUGCUUUCAGCCAAGUAGUCAGUUACUGACUGGCAGGACCUGUGUACAUCUAGACAGCAGUAACAUCCCUCUGAUUCUGAAUCCACUUGUUCCUUCAGAAGGCACCGAUCAGCCUCAGUCAGUUUUUCAGAAACAACUUGGGCAGACUCUAACAUUGAACAUAGUGAGCACUUUACCAGUUUUAUCAUCACCAAAGUCUUGUGUAAGUGCAUCUAUUGCAAGCCCAGGAAAAUCAAAAAAAGCUGGGAAAUAUAUCUGCAAACACUGUGGACGUGACUGUUUGAAGCCAAGUGUCCUUGAGAAACACAUUCGCUCUCACACAGGAGAGAGGCCCUUCCCGUGCACCACUUGCGGUAUCGCCUUUAAAACUCAAAGCAAUUUGUAUAAACACAGGAGAACUCAGACACACGUCAACAAUACCAGACUGCCCUCAGACUCUGACAACAGCAGCGGAUUGGAGCAAAAUGAGAAAUCAACAGAGAGCAUCACCUCACACCAAGGCAGCAAAAUACUUAGUAGCACCUGUGAAGACAAGGGGGUGCAGAUGAAACACAGGAGUUCAGAGACCAGUGCUGUAACAGACACUAAGAAAGUUCUUAAUGACCCUUCACUGCCCCAAACAAGCACUGCUUCAGAAAAUCAAGAAACAACGAAUCAGUCCUUCAGUUCAAAGGCUCAUCAAGGGGUUCCUGAAAGAGAACCUCAGAGUUUAUCAUCUCCAGGAGCUUUGCCAAAUGAUCAGUGCCAGAGAAAGAAUAUCCAGGAGCCAAGAACUCCAACUGCCCAUAAGCAUAUUCAGUUGCAAAGGCAGCAAGCAACCUCUUCGGAAAAACAGUGGGAUUACAAGCCAUUGGACUGCAAGCUGAAGAAGUGCGAGAGCACUGACUCAGGGUAUCUGUCACGCUCGGAUAGUACAGAACAACAGAUGGCCUCGUCCAGCCCCUUGCACAGCCUCUAUGAACACAGCACAGAGCUGGAAAAUGAAACUGCCUGUGGCAGCCUCAGGUGUAACUCCGGAAGCAGUGCAAAGCUAGAUGCAGCUGAGAAAGCUACAGCCUUGGUGCUAGAGAAAAAGAAACUAGAAGAACACAUUUCAAAACUUAUUUCUCAUAACAAAAGUGUGGUGGAUGACACCCAGUUGGAUAAUGUUAGACCUAGAAAAACUGUCCUUUCUAAACAGGGAAGCAUUGAUCUGCCAAUGCCUUAUACAUACAAAGACUCUUUCCAUUUUGAUAUCAGAACUUGUGAUGUAAAUAGGAAAAAGAAUCUUUCCCUUUGUUCAGCAAAAUCUACCUUUGCACCCCUAGAAAAAUGCAAGCCCGUGAUUUUUCAUUCAGUUCCCACCCAGUUCUCCACGACAAUAGAUACUGUGCCCGUUACACGCAGCAACUCAUUGCCGUUUGUGGAGGGCACAAGAAUGGCUCGUGACAAAGCAGGUUGCUCGAAACCACUUUCUCUUACUAAGCAGUCUGUAAAUACAGGCACUGCCAGUUUGCUGCCUAGCAACAAUCUUGCUGCAAAUUCAGUGGAUUUUCCUAAUAGCCAUCCCCGAGCUCUAGUCAGACAAACAGCAGUGGAUGAUUUACCGCUAAGCAAUGUGGUUGAGCAUCCUCCUCGGUUGGAGGAGUUGCAAGGGAGCAAAAAGCUUGGGGCUGGAGAAGUAAUCAGCACUAAAAAUAAGAAACACAAUCAAAGGAAGUUAAAGAUGUUCUCUCAAGAAAAAUGGCAAAUGUAUGGAGAUGAAACAUUUAAGAAAAUCUACCAAAAAAUGAAAAGCAAUCAAAAUGCCAAGAAAAUUAAACAAAGGGGGAAUAAGAUUACAGAUAUUGCAAGCUCUGCUCCUGAUUCAAAGGAAUCAGCCAGCAGUAUUGAAAUCACUGAGGACAGAGAUGGCAGAAGUUCUGUAAGUGACAGUCUAAACACUGGUAAAUCAGAAAUCUGUGCUAAUACGAAUCAUAUCCUACAGAAUACAUCCUCUGAGGAAACUGCAGGCAGUGUAACCUCCCUGAUGGAAACAUCACAUUCAGUAAAGCCUCAUGCACAUCCUGUAAUAAGCAAAGCUUCCCUGGCCCACAGCAACAUGGGUAACUGCACUGCUGGCAGCUGCACCUCACAAGCUCCAGGCAGCUGUGAGCUUAGGCUUCAAAAUACUCAGUGUCAGCUAAACACUAACAGAAGGAAUGAUAACUGCUUGCCGACACAGAGAAGCAAAUGGGAAAAACCAAGCCUUAGGAAAGAAUCUAGUACAUUGGAAUCUGACUGUGAAAGCACUUCAAACCAUUAUGGAAACCACAGUAGGAAUAAAGGAACUGGCCAGCAUAUCCUGACUCCCCUGUGGGUGCAUUGCAACAAUACAGAAGCCUCAGGGAAAUCCCAGAAUUUACCAUCAGAAAGAAAAAAGCUGAAAUUUGAAGUGGAGAAGACACAAAACAUGAUUUCAGAGUCCUGCCCUAGUCCCAGUAAUGAAAACAAUGCAGUAGAAGCAGAGGGAGUCUAUUGCACUAGCACUCAGUGCCCUUCUGCAGCACCAGUGAAAUUCUCCAGUAAAGCAGAGGAGCAAAAAUCAAGCACAGGAGCUGAUGAAUCCACUGGAGGUACUGAGAAUGUAGAGUGUAUGAAAACGAUCAAACUCUCCACAAAAGCUCUUCAUAACAGUGAUGUUAACCUUAUUUCACAUCCAGUGCAUGUCUCAAAAGCUUCAUGUGUGGGAUUUUUAGGGCCUGAAUUAAGGGGAAGUGAUUGCAACUCUUUGGCCUUGCACAAUGCAACAGAUAAAGAUGUCAAAACAUGCCUUGUGAAAACAGCAGCACAAGUAUCCCUCUUCAAUGACAAUGCUAUUGAUGUGUCUUCUAAAAUUCAUCAUCUGCAGUCUAGUCAUUUAACUCCAGUCUCACAACAAAAUGCCUUUACUCCCAAAUAUAUCCUUAAAUUGCCACAAGACAAGAGAGCCUCAGAUUUGUCACUUUUGCUUAGAUCAGAACAGGAGAUUACACCUUGCACAUCUCUAACAGACACCUUGACCAACCUCCCCUGCUUCUCCAGCAGUGGAUCACUCAGUUCUCAUUCUAAUGAUGUGUUUUGGUCCCCUUUAAAACUUAAAGUGAGGCAAAAGGCCAGCAAAGGUGAGCUACAAUGGAACCUACAUGCAAACUGGAAAACACCAGUAUUCUGUCCACCAGUCAAUUCAGAAACAAUGACAAUCUUAACCACAGCAGAUGACACCUUUUAUAACCAAGACUUCAGGCAGCAGGAUGUUGUAAGAGAUGUUUGCAAAAACAAACAGAACAAAAAUAAAUUAAACUACCAAAGGCAAACAGAAGAGAAGUGGAUGAGCAUAACUACUUCCUCUACACAGACCCCAAAGAAGAAAAUUUGCUUUACUUCUGUGUAUACAAGUGGUUUUUUCAUAUCAGCUGAUAUCAAAGAAGAGAGAAAGGUUUUACAUCAUCUUUGCUCAGGAAGUGACUCGUUGGUAAUGACAUCAGCUUCUAGCAAGGGUGCAGAGCCAACGAUCCCAGGGUGGGACGGAGGUGGAAGUCCGUGCGUUGUUAAGGACAUUUCACCCACACUGCAGGACAUGCAGCAUCCUCAGAGCUCAACAGACAACUCCACUUACUUUUGCCAUUCUUUUGGCACUUUAUAUUGCCACACUCUCACCACGCACUGUAAAGAAUUCCCAGAGCUACCCCAUCAUUAUCCCACUUGCUCCUCCAGAAGUUUAACAGCAUUGAGCACGAAGAGCACCUUCCCAUCGCUAAAUGCUGAACCUCGAUUAACUUGGUGUUGUUUAACAAGAAGCCUUCCUCUGCCUGUUGAGCAGAAGGGGAAUGCAGACUCUGCCUACUCCUCCAUGCACACCUGUGACAAGGAAACUAGCAGUGAAUGCACACUGUCAAAAUAUGAUAUUUCUAUUUUCAAAAUGAAAAAUAUUAGCAAGACUGCAGCAUAUGGCUUAACCAACAGGAAUUUAAGAACAUUGGUUUCAUCUUUUUCUAAAGGGCAACAGACACCAGAGUUAAACUCAGCAGCUCCUGGUGGUGCUUUCAAAAAUAUUUCAGAGCAAAAGAAGAAAACAGUAGUUUGCAACAAGGGAAAACUUUCAUCAAAUAAAAUCAAGAGGAGCCACAAACAGAAAAAGAUUAAAGUCACCUCAAAAUGGUACAGAGGGAGGCACAUUCAUGGAUAUGCUCAACUGAAAAUGAACCGACCGAGCAAGCAGCACCGUUUUCCAAACAGAACACUGGAUGCUUUGAAAAAGGGCUAUUCAUCACAACCCUGUACAUUUAAUAAGAAGUGCCAUUCUCCUCAAUCAAAGGUACAAGCAAAUUACCUACACCAGCAGAAAGAAAUGUCUUGUGCCACCUCAGACCAGCAACUUUGCAGAAGGAAAAAAGAAGGAAAGAAUAACUCAGGAAUAUCUUCCCACACUGAAAAUUUAAACCAAGUUAAACAAAAAGCAAAAAUGGACAAAAAAGACAUUUCUGGGCAAAUCAGGGAACACACAAGAACAAGCCUCUCUUUUCAGAGCAUUGCAGCUCCUCUGGAAAUAUCUGUGACAGCCCCUUCCUUUUCAUCCACAGUUAAUACAGCCAUGCAACAUGUCAGCAGAGAUGUGGAAAUCUGCUGUAUAGUGACACAACCACUUGUGCUUCAGCAAUCAGUGCCAGUGGAGUCACAGACAAACAUCCAGAGUGACUCAAUGGCAUCGUCUUUUCCGUCUUGCUCUUCUGAUGUUACAAAUACAGGCACAGGUGACCAACCUGAUAGCACAAAUGCAGAGACUACUGAUCCUCUUUCCUUACAUCUAGAAGCAAGCCAGGAAAACAUACUAAAUGUUGAGUCAGAGAGUCAAAGAUUUGCUACAUUGGACCUGAUGAUCCAGGCCUCAGGAAAGGAGAAACUUCCAAUUGAAGAAAACACAAAUACACCUCCAAAAGAAAACACAACUCCCAGUUCCCAGCCUGAGUGUUCACAUUUAUUCAGAUCAAAAGCAGAGUCUCUUCCUGAGUCAGUCACAAGGGUUAAAUUACCCAGUGUAGAAUACACAGAGCAGGUAAACUUUCCUGAAAAAAUCCUUGACCCUCAUAGAAGUGCAGAUAAGGAUGGAAUCCAUCUACAGUCAGACAGCUCUGGAAGUCCACACCAAACAGCUGCUACCACUUUUAAAAACCUUCCAAUUACUCUCAGGUCCUCUGAGUUCAAGACUUGCUCUGCAACGCUUUUCAAGACAUACAAAAAGAGAGGUUUAGAGAUGAUGAGGAAGCAAACCAGAGUGGAGUAUGAUGACACUAGCAGUGAUGAUGAGGAUAGGCUUGUUAUAGAAAUCUAGCAAACAGGUACUAAUGAGAUACUUGUAUGAUAGCCUGUUACAGAAGGAAAUACCAUCGAUAUUUGAUCUGUAUUCCUGAAGCACUUUCAAAUCAGAAAAGCCAUUCCUCUGUGCAAUAGGCAGCAUUCUGUUCUGAAGAGCCCCUUCUUUCAAGGACUCAAACUUUUUAAAAAAUGCUUAUUUGAAGCCAAGGGGAAGCUGACAUCACACACAUUUAAAUGCAAAUGGUAACCCCGUGUUCAUGAGAGGUUUCCAGCAGUGAAUGUUCUUACCAGUCUUAGCCAACUCCCGCAAGUGCUAGCUGUCAGUAGUUGUAUUGUUAAAAGGCUGCACAUAUUUAUUUAUUACUAACAAUACAAAGCAGCAACUUCCUCAAUAUCUAAGCUAAGAUCUAGUGGAAGGGUAUGGAUGUGUUCUCUUCUAUAUAUUCCUUUUUUCUUGUCAUCACUGCCAUCAGUACUGGGAGUGAUACACUGGCAUUGAGGGGGAAGACCUGUUCCCUAAGCAUCCGUGAUAUUGGAAGAGUCUGGAAAAAUGCUGAUCUUUUUCCAUGUUGCACAAAUGUCAAUGCUUCUUUGUGACAAAUGACACAAGCAUGCUUUGCUUUGUGUUUUGUGCCUUUGAUGCCAAGAUCUACUCAAAUAUUCUUGAUUUCUAGGUGGAGAAUAUGGGUGUUAACUAUUGAUAUUUCCUUGUGGUACGAUUUCUGACAAGGAUUUUCUCAUUAUAUCCAUCACAUUGUGCUCCAACCAA